AGUUAUUGUAUGAUUAUCUUGACAUAAUUAGCUGAUUGUAUAGGAGCAUAAUUUACCUUAUAUUUCUGAUUCUAUAGCUAUAAUUUAGGAGAAGAUUAGAUCAAACAUGUGUAUAUAUAUACUACAUUCUGUUAAUGAGAAAGGUAUCCAAUUUGAAGCCAAUCUCUUUAUUCUUGUUAUGGUAUCAGAGCCAGAACAACAAACCACCAUGGCUGGCAGUCAGAAGGCUUCUGGAUCAGAAAACAAGACCAUCGAUCCUUCACAUCCCCUCUAUAUUCAUCAUUCAGAUCAACCAGGCCAUCUUUUGGUGCCCAUCAAAUUAAAUGGGGUCAACUAUCAAUCAUGGAGCAAAGCAGUUAUUCAUGCCCUUACUGCCAAGAAGAAGAUCGGCUUCGUCAACGGGACAGUUGAAGAACCAUCGCAGGAAGAUGAACCCUUUCUGUUUGAACAGUGGAAUCAAUGCAACAGCAUGAUACUUUCUUGGCUAACUCAUGUUGUUGAAUCGGACAUUGCUGAAGGAAUUAUCCAUGCUAAAACAGCACGCGAAGUGUGGGUUGAUUUACGCGACCAGUUUUCUCAAAAGAAUGCUCCAGCGGUUUUUCAAAUACAGAAAUCAAUCGCCACCAUGUCGCAAGGAACGAUGACAGUAGCUGCAUAUUUUACAAAGAUCAAAGCCUUAUGGGACGAGCUUGAGACAUACCGUUCCCCGUUGACCUGCAACCAAUGACAAACACAUCUCGAGCAAAGGGAGGAAGACCGUCUUAUGCAAUUUCUAAUGGGUUUGAAUGAGUCAUAUAAGGCAGUGAGAUCCAAUAUUUUGAUGAUGUCGCCAUUGCCCAAUGUCCGUCAAGCAUACUCUUUAAUUGUCCAGGAAGAGAUGCAACGACAAGUUUCUUCUGAGCCAACCGAGAAUUUCUCAAUAGCUGCCGCAGUCCCGGGAAAAGGAGGUAAUCCAAGACAGAAAAUGUGUGACCAUUGUAACAGAUCCGGACAUACCAUAGAUGAAUGUCGGACUCUUAAAUUUCAUUGUAAGUUCUGUGAUAAAAGAGGUCACACGGAGGAUAGAUGCCGACUGAAAAAUGGGAGCAAUAACAAAGCGGGACAAUUCCGAGGACAACGUCCUUUUGGUCGUGGGAAUCAGCCCUCAGCAAACGCGACAGAAUCCCAGGAAAUGUCUGAUUCGACUUCUUCUAGUACAGUCCAGGGGUUCACUACAGAACAAAUACAACAGUUGGCUCAAGCAAUUCGUGCAUUAAAUCACAGUAAUUCCGGUAAUAUUGACGCAUAUGCAAAUGCUGCAGGACUUGGUUUCGGGGAAGAUGAUUGGCUCGGGUAAACAGCGUGGUGGUCUAUACUACAUGCAUCCAUCAACAAAUAAAUCGGUUGUCUUUCAUGUUUCUCAACCGUCUGACUUAUGGCAUUUACGCCUGGGUCAUCCCUCUUUUUCUCGUUUUA